UAAUAAUACUAUUUGUGAUGGUGCGGUUUUCAGGGUACGAAAAAACAUACCUGAAUUUAUAGCAUAGGAUUUAAAAAGGUAGGACAUGUGGAAGUGUUUCCUAUUCAUCUAUGAUGAUUUGAAGGUUGAAAGAACAAUUUGCUUUAUCUGAGAUAUACCUAGGAUAGCUGAAAGUUUCCUGGUUAUGAGACAGCCUCAUCUUAUAUCACAUUCAGCAUCACUAGAAAUUCCAGUAUCUAGAGCAACUGAAGAAUUUGUUUGCCAUUGCACUUUCUCUCCAUAUUAUGUGAACCACAAGGAUCUUAUUAAGCCACUUCUAAGUCUAGGUAGGGUGUUGAGAAGGCAGAGGACCCUGAGGAGAGAGUAUCACCAGUCUUCAAGCCUGAUCAGCACCCAUUCGAGAGCUUUGUCUUGUCACAGUAGAUCUUAAGAGACAAAGAAGAAAAUGGGUUAUUUGAUAUAACUCAUAAGUUUAAGGGUCAUUUAUCAUCUACUAAAAAUAAAUAAGACGUUUCCAUACAGGAAGAGCUGCUGUAAACAAUACCAUGACCAUGGGCUAAUACAAUUUCAAUGUUGUGGGGACCAAGAAAGUCCUAAUCAUGAACUGCAAACUUCAGUUCAGUUGGACCAAAUUCUGUGUAAAUCUGUGUAUUCUCCUCAUUUGGGUUGAUGUUGGCAAAGCCUGCUGGCGAAAGACUCCUCAAAGCAUUGGAUAUGUGACAAGUGACUACUCUGUAGAAGUUGGGUCUACUAUUGUCCUUAACUGUACUCUAUACGAACAAGAAAUUACUCUAACAAACAAGGAACAUGCAAGUAAGACAUAUUUUGUUAACUCUACAAACUUGGAGUUUCGCUUCAACCAUUCUUUGGUUUCUCGUAAUUACAUCCACAUCUUGAAUGGUUUCACCGCACAGCUUCGAAUUCACAAUGCCAGUCUUGAAAACUCUGGAAGAUACUUUUGUAACUUGAAGCUUCCUGAGAGAAAUGAAACAAAGGAGUUGACUUUCUGCUUGAGUAUUGUCACUGUUGGAUAUAAACCACGUAAAGUUGAAGAAAAAACUUUUCUUGUUUAAUUGAAAAUUUUGAGAAAUUGACUUGUUGUUGGUCACCUCCAUAUAAUCCUGUUGAAACACACUAUGCUUUGCAAAAUCAUAUUUUAAUAAGAAAUUUGGUUUUCGGUUUUAGGAAUUGUCCACAAAAUGAUGUGAGUAACAACACUUGCUGCCAGUGGAGAAAGGAUACUAGCCCACCAUAUGAUAACACUAACAAAGUCUUAGAAUUUACAUUGACUGCACGUAAUAGCCUAGGACAUAUGAAGCAGGAAUUCGUAAUAAACCAUUAUAAAUAUGUGCUUCCCAACAGUCCUUGGUCUCUACGGUCUACAGAGAAGACUCCAAACAGUAUUAAGCUUGAAUGGUUACACCCUAAGAACUUUGAAUACUGGAAAUUUGAACCUGGUCUCUACUAUGAACUCAGUUACAGACCCAAGUUUCUUGAAGACCAAGAAUGGAAGAUUGUCAGUAUAGGAAUUGGAAAACAAAUGUACAAUGUCACAGGAUUAAUUCCAAACACUGACUAUGAAUUAUCAGUACGUUGUCGCUCUGCUGAAGCAGAUCAGGAAGAUAUGUGGAGUAAGCCUGCUAGAACAUCUGAACAUACUGACCCAGAUGUACCAUAUUAUGUACCGAAUAUUACCAAAGGAACAUUUGAGGUACAAAAGUUCAUUAAUAGUAGAACCAUAACCUUAUACUGGAAGCCAGUACCACCAGAACAUUACAAUGGAGAAGACUUUCGCUAUGUUAUUAGCUAUAAGCAGUCUUACAGUAUGCUUGAGAAGAGAGAGGUAUCAGGAAAGAUAGUGGAGGUAACAGGCAUGAAGCACACUUUUACAGAUAUGGACCACCAUACUGUUUACCACUUCAAAAUACAGUCAGCCAAUAAGGAAGGAUUAUCCAGUAACAUGGUGGAAAUGACAGUUGAUAAGACACAGAAACUGCUUCCUGGCCCAGAGGAGGUCACAGCCUUAUCAUAUGGAAAUGGAAAAUACAGAGUUAUGUGGGAAUAUCCUAAAAAGAAUAUAUCUGCUAUUAGUGGUUUUACUGUUUUUUGGUGCCCAAGUCUUCAUCUUCGCAAGCAUCCAGUUGAGUGGCAGUUUGUUCCAGCCAACAUGACAUAUGAAGACAUUCAGUUACCUUAUGAUACCAGUUAUCAGUUUGCAGUUUCAGCAGAUACAAGAAAGACUAGCUCAGGAAUGAAAUGGGCAUCAUGUAUUGUACCAUAUGGAAACACAUUAGAUAAAGUUCAAGAUGUACGCCUCUCUUCAGGUGUUAAGCACCUGAAGGUUGAAUGGAGAUUACUGUGUAGUGCUCAGAAGAAAGUGGUUGUGAAGUACAAAGUUGAUUACUGUGAAGUGGAAACCAGGCAAGAGGCAUGUAAACAAAACCUUUGGAAUGUGACAGUUGACAAUCAAGAAGCAACAGAAAUACAAAUAAAUGGCUUGAAACCAUUCACACUGUAUCGAGUGACCAUCCAAGUCUUCAGUAAAGGAGGGAUCAGUGAUUUGAGUGAACCAGAAUUUGAAAGAACCAAAUCAGGAGCUCCUUCAGCUCCUUGGGAUGUGAAGAUUCUAGAUAUUAAUGCCACUGCCAUGUAUUUAACAUGGAAGGCUCCUCUAGAGCCAAAUGGAAUCAUAUCCCAUUAUGUUGUACACUACAAGAAUAAUUCUCAGAAAGUCUUUGUCAACAAAGAUGAGGGAUCCCCAUCUGUGAUUUUAUGGAAAAAUAUAGAGAGUUAUACUAACUACUCUGUUGUAGUUGAAGCAUGUGUUGAUAGAUAUUGCUCUCCACCUUCGGAAAUUAUUCAUGGAAUGACACUCAUAGAUGCUCCUGGUGUGAUGGAAGAGCCUCACAUUGAAGUGAUCAAUUCCACUGCUGUUCGGAUCAAGUGGUCACCUCCAGAUCAUCCAAAUGGUCCAGUAAACUUCUACCUGCUGAAUUUGAAGUGGCAAUACAGAGAAAAUGGAUCCCGUUCAGAAUUUAUUAAUGUACCAGGCUGCAAGACUAGUGUGGUUAUUCCACUAAAUUGUUCAACACAGUUGCACAGCCCCACAAUUUCUUUCAGUAUACAAGCAGUGAACUUGAAAAACAAUACAAACCUCCUUGGCCCAACUAGUCCUUCAACACAAACAAAGAUGUGCUUUACUGAUGGUCUGCAGACUGCAUUGAUUAUUGGCACAGCACUUGGUGGGAUUAUUGGCUUGGUAGUUUUGGUGGUAAUCCUAUAUUCUUUAGUUUGUUGGAUGACAAAGAAAAUCAAUCUGAUGAAACAGACCAAAGUUCAGCUUCCAAAUGGAUUGGAUGCUCCAACCACAGGAUACUUUACUGGAUUUAGUAAUAUGAAGCAACACAAAGACAGAAAGAAUAGUGAUGCCAUCAUGAAUUGGAAUUUACCUAUUGAGAGAUUACACUUGUUUCUGUCCAACAAUAACAACAUUAACUCAUUUAAUGAAAGACACAGAUCAGAAAAUUCUCACUACAGCAGCUCUUCCACAAAUGAGUUAAUUCAAAGGAAAGUCUGGAGUACUAACAUUGGAAGAAAUCCUAGUGGGGACAGUAGUGGUUACGGGUCUACUGGUGGCCACGAUAGCAUUUCAUCUUCUCUCACCAACCGUACCCACCUUUCCUCUGAGAGCAACACAGAAUUUCACCUGACUGGUCCUGAUACACCUGAUACUGUCUUUAUGGAUUGUAAUAUUCUUGGAAGUGACCACUUCAUCUACUCUCAAACCAAACUGGAAAUGGAUGAUUUCCAGAAUUCUGCUGAUAAUAAAGAAGAAACAAAUCCAUUGAACCAAGUGGCAGAUGUUUCUGAUUCCCAGCCUUUACAUCAGGAUGAUAAACAUCACAACACCCAACCUCUAUUCACAAAUAAUUUAUCCAACAGUGAACCAUCUGUUUUUGAUAUUGAUGGUGAAGGGGCAGAUGUCAGCACAAAAGAUCAAACACUUGCUCCCUACUCCAGGUUUGGUUUAGCCAAAAGUAUUUGUUUGUCAUUAAACUCAAGUGCACUGCAAGAACAGCCAGAAAAUAUGACUCCAAAUGCAGGGUAUUCCAAAUUUGGAGUUUUUCAUAUUUUGAGAUCAUCUUCAGAACAUUCUCCGAAAGGUAAUGGCAGUAACUUUACAGCAGCACCACAGUUUUCCAUAGAAAAGAUGCCAACAAAAGGUUAUGUCCUGACCAAACCAGUUUUUGAAUCUAGUUUAAUAACCAGUAUAAAACCCACCCACAUAGCAACUACAAAUUCUCUCCCCUAUAAAGAUGCUUACUCUAAACUUAGCUUGGCAAGCCAGUUGCCAAAGUCUGGAGAGUAUGUCAGCCUUCCUAAUGCUGUUAGAAUGUUUAGGACAUUUAAUGACACUGAGGACAACCACAACUAUUCAAAGUUUAGCAUAGACCUAAACUUGCAAUAUGUGGAGUCCUUGGAAGAAGGCAAGCAAGAGUCUCUUCCACCUGAGCCGUCUAAUGUAACUUUGAAGAAUUCUAAUUGUGACAACUUGGAUGUAGCUGUCAUCAGCGGAGCUUCUAGUGAUGCACGAGAACUAACUAGUACAAUGACUUGAUAAAAGUAAAAAAAAAGCAUUUUUAUGUAAAAUAUGAUGUUAUUUUUAAAAAUGUUUUUUUUUUUAACCCUGAUGAGUUUGUUAGCUACUCCAUCAAGUCAGAUCAGAUUAUUAAUAAAUAAAUUAUGGUAACUCCAUCCCCAGAAGGACAAGUUAAAAGCCAUAUUUCAUAAUCCAAGUACUUUGGUACAAAUAAUUUGAAAAUAUAAAUAAAGAGAAACAAAAAUGUUCACCCCAAUGUCUCUCAAACCUUGUCUUUCAGUUUUCCUGAUGUUAAGGAAAAAGUUACAGGUUAAAAAUUUUUCAGGUAGAAUUGUGAUAUAGGAUAUAUAUAGUCAAUAUUCUGAACCAGAAGCAAAUAACAAUGGCUGAAAAUCAAGAAUAAGAUUGUAUACACACAUGAAAAGAUGGAAAAGUUUUUCAUUUUUACUGUGGCUAGUAAAAUAUGUUUUGCUUUUUCUACAAACAAUUUACUAUUGGCGUAGUUGCAUUAUUCUAAUAUUGUCAAAAAUAAUAUUCUACUAUAUGAACUUGAAAACACAAAAUGAGCAAACAAAUUUCCUAAUUUGUUACAAAAGGCCACAGCUGAAUAUGAGGUUCUGCAUAUCCUGUGUUGUUUUUUAUCAGGUAUUUAUGCUAUCUUCAAUCAUAAAUUCAUGUGGUAUUUUUACACAGUUCCAUGUGUGUUAUAGUAUUAUAGUGUAUCACUGGAAACCAGUUGAAGCUGAUAUUGGGCCAGUUUUAUCAUUUUAUAUUUCUAGAAAUUGUGCACAAAAAAUUAAAGUAGUUAUUGGUAGAUUAUGUUAUUUGCUUGAGCAAUGGAACUAUAAACCACCCAAGCUUUUUAUAAUAAGGUCUUUGCUCUAUAAAAAAAAGGUAUGUUUACCAAAAAGGUUAACUUGAUGUCAUCAUUAAUUUUCAUUUUAUAAAAAAUUAAGUUCAAAUGAGUGAGAAGGGUAAAACUAUGCAUUAAAGUUAAUUUUUGUGUUUGAAUGUUACAUUAAUAGCCACAUAAAAUUGCACUUAUAUUAUUUUAUAUUGAUAAGUACUGUAGUUUAAAGCCUGGAAUUUUUGGGAGAGUAGAUAGGGCAUUUUUUAUUAUUAUUAUUACCAAGAGCUGGCAAAAGUUAUUUACUAUGGAAAUAAGGAAUACUUUAAAAGUAAGAUUGUGGCCGAGUAGUUUAAGUUUGUAAAACUAAAUUUUUGGAUGCUUCAUAUAGGGUAUAGUUAUUGAAGUAUGAAUGUGUAAGGCGAACUUAAUAGAUAUGUAGUGUAUAUUUCAUAAAAAAACAAUUACACCUUUGCUUUAAAGCACAGUGGGUGAUGUUCAUGUACAGUAGUAAGGACAACCAAAUCAAAUAAUUUUUCAUUGUAGUGAUUUUUUUCAUCACUUUAUUUUUGUUAUUACUAAAUGAUAUAUUUAACACAUACUUUGCAAAUAGUAUAUCAUAUUUUUAAAAUCUGAUCCACUGUUGCAGACGUAUGAACAAAGCCAUUAAUAACAAACAUGAAGUUAAUUAUGAUGGUUUUUUAGGUUUUUCAUGAUCCACUCAGGUGUUUAAGCUCAUUAGGAAUUUGCUUAUGCAUAAGAAUAUUUUUUUAGUUCAUUCCUGUGAAUAUUUCUUUAGGCUCAAAUCAGAACUCAUAAACAAUUAGUUAAGAAACAUUUGACUCUUCUUGCAGUAUCUAACAUGUAAAACAAAUGUAAAGUUUGAAGUAAUGUAAUAAUCAUUCCAGCUUUGCAAUUUAUACUUCAUAAUGUUAAUUUGCAAAAAGUGAAAGCUCUCAAAUGGUUAUCAUAAGUAAAACUGUCAAUAGUAUUAUAAUUACAUGUCAUUCGUAAAAUCUGUGAUAGCAUGUCCAGAUAAAAUCUUCAAAACAUUCCAUUGCAUAAAUCAUAUUUCAUAAUUCUUCUUGAUAAGAACAUACUAUUGCUCUUCAAUUAGAAAAAUAUUCUGUGAUAUCAACUGGUUGAUCAAACAUAUUUUGUGAAUACACAUCUAUAAAUAGAGAAAUAUACACAUGUUAUGAUUUCAGAUUUGUAGAGGUUAUUUUUAGUCAGCUUGAAUUUAGUGGUGACUAGAUGAUAAAAAGUCAAUGACCUGGUUUUUUUUUUUUUUCUUUUGUCAGUUGAUAAUCUAGGCAUGAUUGUUAAUAUUCAGACUAGUUGUAGACAAUGGUCAAAUUUAUAUUAAAAUAUAAGUUAACAAAUUACUGGCUGCAAGUACAAGAUUUAUUGGAAAAACCAUGACAAUAAUUGAUCAGUGAGAAUCCACAAGUCUAAAAUAGUAAAUAAAAACAGCAAGUUCAAAUGAUGCUUUAAUGUUAUGAUAUUAUAUCUUCUUUUUCUCUUCAUUUCAUGUUACAAAAUGUAAUUAUCAUCACAAAGAUAGAUCUAAAAUUUCAUAAUAUAUUAAAAAUAUAAAAUAUUAGAAUUUGUGUUAGCUGAUCAGUUGCAUCUAUUGAUGAAAAGUUAAUUUCAAGCCCCUUAAAGUAGGCUUAUAGAUUUGAUGGACUACAAAAAACUAGUAGACAAUUUUUGUUUACUCAAAAAUGGUGGAAAAUGUGUGUUUUGUAAUAGAAACAAAGAGAGUUAGUACUUAAUAUCAGUAGUAUUUGUGUUAUUUAGUUUGAAAUUGUACAUAAUAAAUGUAUUAAGUUUUACUGCACAUAAAGUAUAAAACAAUAGUAAUAACUUUCUGUAAGUAUCAUCAUACGUUGAACAAUUAUUUUAUAAAACAUAUUGCUGAACAUUUACAUGUAAUUUGCCAAAACAGACCAUUAUAAUAUUGCUCUUUUAUCCCUUAACUUCGUACUUUUUGUGCCCUGAUAUCAUACCACAUUCUACCUCAUUUGAGUCCACAAAAAAUAUAAAUUGUUAAUGCCAUGAAAUUUUAAUAGUAGAAAUUUGUUUAAUUUCUCGAUUGAAAUAUUUGUUGUUAUUAGUAAAUUAGUGUUUAUGAAAUAUAAUAUCAAUUUUUAGGUUUUCUUACAGCUAAUACUUUGUUCGGAGAGUGUAUCAAUCAGAAAGUAUGGGUUUUUGAACUAUCUCAGUAACAGUUGUUAAAAACCUUUUAAUGAGAGCCAUGACAUUAUGUAUUAACGUACAUAGCAAAAUAUUAGAAGUGUUGUCUCCUGUUUAUUAAGAUAAGCAUUGAAACACUUUGUGAAAAGUUCCUUUCAGAUAAUUGCUCACUGGAUGACUAUCAUAUUAAAGAUGCAUAAAAACAGUGUUCUGCUUCCUCAUUUUGAUUGUUAAUAUUGGUACUAUUCUCUCUAUCUAACUUCGACGAAUCAUUGAUAUAACUGAAUCUGUUACAAGUUCCAGUUGUAAAAUUAAAAUAUGGAGAGAGAAAUGAAAGUACUAAACUUUCCCAGUAGCUCACACAUCAAACUGAUUUUCAAUAUUUUAGAAUUAAAGCUUUGUAUAUAUUUAAUACAAGGUUAAUUAUGACUGUUGUUAGGUGUCAAAUCUAUAUAUAUUGGUUACAGUUUUAACUUUUUUUUUUUACAGCAAAUGAUAGUGUGAUUAUGUACAUUGAAAAUGAGGAAGGUAUGGGGGUUUUUUGUGGAGCUAGCUUAUGAAUUAUUAUAAUAUAUUUUAUGAUAAUAUCUAUAUAUAUAAUGAUGCUUAUCUUCACUAAUGAAAAAUAAUAAAAGCACAAAUUAGUUUGACUUCUUAUCAUUGUAGAAUUAUUUGGAAACAAUAUUAGAUGGAAAUGUAAUAUUGAUUUAAUUUGAAAUCACUGAAACUAUUGUAUGUGGAAAUGUUUCCAUCAGUAAUUCAUAUGUAUGUGGUGUACAAAAUACAGGUCUCUGUAUAAAUGAUGUUGAAAAAGAUGAAAACAAAUGAUGAUGAAACAUUAACACAAUAGGCUUAAUUUGAUGUAAGAUGUGACAUGUUGAGUUAAAGAAAUUUCAAGUCUAGUUAUUAAUCUCAUAUGAUAAGAUAAAGUAGACUUGAACACCUAUGAUGUUCAUAUUAUUAAAUGUUAAACUGGUCAACAUAACUAAACAUAUUAAAAUGUUUGGUCUCAUACAAUGUUAAUAUUUCUGACCUUUAAUUUAUCAUAAUUGUGUUACUUUGAAAUUAUGAUUUUUCUGUCAAGAAAAUAAGACAAAAAAAACUGUUGUGUAAAUAUUGUGAUGUCUCUGUCACCAAUGAAGAAAGAGUGAAAUGACUGAUUGGGAACCAGAUUCAUAGGACAUUAUAAGUCGUAUUCAAAAUGUUGAUUUUUACAAAAAAAGUUAUAGGCCUUUGUCAGAUUUAGAUUUUUAUGAAUUUAUGCAUACAACUUACCUUGUUUAGAAGAAAUAGUUCUUAAAGUAUUAAUAUGUUGAAUGUGAAAAACGUUUUCAAACAGAAGUUGACAAGGGAAACAAUCUUGAAUGACUGUGAUUUUACUAAAUGAAAUGUAAAUAAUAGUCACAAAAAGGUUGGUUCAUUCAAGUCAUGAGUACCUAUUGGCUUUAAAGAAUACAACUAUUCUUGAUUGUUUUCAUAUGGACUUAAUAGUUACUUCUUUAAUCAUCUAUUCCUUGUCUGUCUUCUUCUGAUAACCUUCGCCAUUUAAGAAAUUACUGGUACCUUUCAUUUUCCUCAGUAAGUAUUUAGGUCCUUUUUUUGCAUUUAAUGAGCGAUAAAUCUCAUUUGACAUGCUCUUAGGUACAGUUGUUUAUUUGCAUUUUCACCUUUAAAGAUUUAUUUUCAAUAUAUUUUAAAUAUACAUCUCAAAUUUUUGCUGUAGAUUAUCACUUGAUACUGUAAAGUUGGUAGAAUGCAACAUGUUAUUGUAAUUAAAUUCUUAUACAAACUUGGUAUGUUCCAUCCUAUCCAAGUGUGAAUAUAUGUUGUUGUUUUUUCCUAGGCUUCUGUCAAAUUAUUGACAAAACCACAAUAGAAUUUCCUGUUGUUGUUUUUUCUUAUCUGUCAAUGCUAAAUAAUUAAAGGUAAUUAAUAUGAAAUAUUGUGUUCUACUGAAGUGUUGAAGGAUUAAUCAGUAAUAGAUGCCAUUAACAUUGAUGGUCAUAAAAAUAUUUGGCUUAAUUUUGCUCAUACUUUCAGCACAAAAGGUAUUCUGCUAAAGUAUUUUCUAAUAUUAAACAUUACAUGUUACAAAAAUGUAGAAUACCAGAGAUGGGAGAAUGUUCUUUUUUUCUUCAAAAUAUGUGCAAAUCUUCACUAAUUGUUACUUUAUUUAAAUUUAUGAUAUGAAAACAUUAUUUGAAUUCAUUCAGUUUUCAUGUAAUGAACUUUAAAACUUUUGGAUGAAAAACAUUGCCAAUCUAUGAAUUUCUAACUUCAGACUUUAGUAAAAUGUUUUUAUACAAGCAAUUAAAACUUUACAUGGUUUGGUAGCUUUAUACUUUCUAUCUGUUAAUAUCACAACAUGUAGAUGAAAAAUUAUUUCAAGGGUUUGAUAAUAGAUAUCUAUAUUGCUAAUACCAUUCUUCAAGACUUCUUUUGAUGCUUGAAAUUACCAAGUAGUUUUACAUAUAAAAAUAUGAAAAGUAACUUGUAAAGAAAAUCAUAUAUGUAUUAAUUGGUAUAACUUUUGACAAAUUUUUCUACAUAUUUUUCUGUAGUUUUAUAUAAAAUUCACAAUGUUCAUCCUUUCUAAAGUUCAAGUACAAAUUGUAUUUAUAAAAAUGUAAAUUAUUAAAGGUAUUAUUUGAAAAUGGGUUUUAAAAUAUAACAUAUUUUUAUUAGUAAAGUUUUAAUAUCUAGACAUUUCUCUUAGAAUCUUACAUCGUACUAAAAAACUGCAAAUCUUAAUAUUGAAAACUUAACAGCACAUAGUUACUAGUAAAGUAUGUUAUUAAAACAACCCAUUUCUCUGAUUUUUUGUAACCGAAAAAGCAUGUACAAAGCCCAGUCAGUCAUAACCUAGUUUACAAUGUAAUGAAGUUAACAGUUUAUUAAAGGUGUUGGAAACCAGCUGAUUUAAUUGUACAAUUUGAUAGAUGGCAUAUGUCAAAUUUUGUGAAUACACAAAAACUCAUAUUGAUAUAGUUUGAUAUUUGUUCAAUAAAAGCAUAUAAUACACUUCUGGCAGACAUUUGUAAUAGUAUGUAUUACAAUAUUAGAUUAUCCACUUUGAUUUUCUUUAUAGUUGUACAGAUAAAUGGGUGGAAAAUACAAGGUUUUCUGUUUGUAUAUUUAAUAUUUGACUUCAAAUUACAAAUGUUAUUGCUCAUUUAAAGUUUUAUAUGAAUGACCAUGGAACUUUGGUUUCUUAGUAGAACUAUAGAAUUUCUGCUUGAUACUAAUAAGAAUAAAUGAAAUAGAACUCCUCAUUAGAAAUCUCUGCUUAUUCUGUAAAAUUGUAUUUUUACAUUUCUCUGUGGUUCUGAUGUUAAUCAUCAUCACAAGUAUAUUUUACUUUUGCAAUAAAAAUAAUUACUAUUUUCAUACUUUUGCUAUUUUUAUUGAAAUACCCACCUGUGACCCUGUUUUUACAUUAUGUUUGUGCAAAAAAACCUUAACAAAAAUGACAUGCUAGAAUCAGAUUGAAUGCUAUGCUACUUCAGGUUAUGAAACAUGAUUGUAGCAAGAAAAAUAUUACUAUACCAGCUAAGUGUGAAAGCAUUUAUUAUCAAAGCACUGAGUUAACAGUAUUAACAGAAUUUAAUCAAAACCAUAGGGCCUGGUGGUUAGGGUGCUGAGGAUUGCAAGUUCAAAUUCUCGUCACCAAACAUUCUCGUCCUAUAUGGUUGCUUACUGAGCCAGCCAUCCUAGUAUAAAUAUUUUUGGCUUGCAAUAAUACCAGUUUCUCCCAAACUAGAUGGGAUUAAGGUAAAAUGGAAAAAAAUCAAAACCACAAUCCAGACUGUAAGGUAACUGUGUUACAAUAAUACAUAGAACAUUAAAUGUUCAUUAAUGGGAUACAUACCAUAUAAAGAUGCAUGUUUUACUUGUUUUCUGAUUUUGUUUAAUGAAAGUUUAACAUUAUUAUACAAAAAAUUUAUUCUAACCACUAGUACAAAACAAAGUUAAAAAUUAAUUUUAUUGUUGAUACAUAUGGCCCAUGUAGUUCAACUUGUGUUGCAAUAUACAUGUACAAUUGAAACAAACUAAUGGAGUAAAGUAAGAACCUUCUUAGAUAUAAUUAUUACUAGAAUCAUAAGCACAGAGACUAUCUCAGGGUCCAAACUUGUAAGAAAGCUAUAUUUAUAGUUCUUAUGUAAACGACUACUUGUUGGUAUUUAAGAACAAAAAUUAUAAUCAAAAUCAUCAGCUUGAAAAACAGUAGGAUAGUGAACAAAAAUCGAGUGUUGUUUAAUACACCUGUCUGAAACUGGUUGUUUUGUGACUGUUUAUUAGCCUUGAACAAUAAAAACUUAUUUGGAUUUUGAGACAUUAAAAGUAGGUAGCAUUGAUUAAACAAAAUUGCUGAUUUAGAUACCUACACUUGAUCUCUUUUAUUGGUAGAAUAGGUUUUUAAAUCACAAGAAAACUUUUGACUAGUACAAUGUACUGUUGCCUUAUACAUUUUGUUGUUAAAAUCAUGUAUGUCAAGUACUGUACAUUUGUUAAAGUUUGUAAUACCCAAGUACAAAAGUGUACUUAUGUGUUACAAGUGCCAAAUCAGGAGCUUGUUUUUGAGUGCACUAUUAUUAUUUGUUUCAGGUACUGUAAGAUUACACAUGUAGUUUAACAGAUAUCAAAGGUAUUAAUUUUAUCUUUUCCUAACAAAGGAAUGUGCCAUUUUUGUUGUUGUUUUAAAAUACACAAAGUAAUGAUGUUGUCAUUAUUUAGAAACUCACUUUAUGGAACCCAAAAGAUAAAACUUUGGGAGAAUAUUUUUUCAGAAUUUUGAAAAUUUUACAUUUAAUUUAGAUUGUGUUUCCAUGUUUUCUAUUUUGGGUAGUAUAUUAUGUAUUUUCAGGUGGCAUAGAAAUAUAAAAUUAUAUGGUAAUAUGUGCAUAACUAUUACAUAUUAAAGUUUUUGAAGUCUAAGUAAUAGAAUUACUGAUGCAUAAUUUUGUGUUGUUAGUAAAUACAAGUGAAAAUAACUGGUUUAUAUGUAUUUCAUAUUUCAGGAAGAAAAAUAUUGAUAGAUUUGGUUGUGAUAAUAAAGAUUGCACUUUGAAAUAAUUGACUGUGGAAGUGUAUUUUAUCCCGUUUUAUUUUGGAUUGAUAACAGUGUUAGUAGAGUUAUAAUGCUAUUCCUGAAAUAAUAAUUAUGAAUAUUCGUUAAAUAUCAAGAGCUUGAUUUGACUUAGUGGUGUUAAAUAUUUUGUUUGUAAAUUAUCAAAUGAAGUGUGUAAAAUAUGGUUUAAAAAUUUACUUUCAAAUGUUCUGAAAAUUGUUCAACAUUUGUAUAUAGUAUUUGCUUAUUUUUGUAACACUCACUGAAUGAAUGCUUUUCACUUUCAUCUGAAAUCUACAUUUACAAAUCUCUUUCUAGACCAUACUCAUUUUACACACACAUUCAUUAUUAACCAUUGUUUAUGAUAAACUGUAUAUAUUCCAAGUUUCUCUGUCACAGUGAGUUUUCUCAGUAUCUAACUGAAUUUAGAAAAUGUAUUGAUGGAUAUAAAUAAAAGGACUUUCUAAACUUG